AUGGAUGGUGAGACUAAAGAGAAGGCUAAUGGUGGCCGCGGCGGCGAUGGCAUCGUCGAGUGGCUUGGUGAGCAACCACCUUCAUCAGUGGGCUCUGCCCCGCAAGCUGCAGUCUUGGCCUACCCGGCGAUCGGGGGGUUCGUGUCGCACUGUAGAUGGAACUCCAACCUCGAGAGCAUAUGGUUUGAUGUGGCGAUGGUCAUGUGGCCCCUGUACGAGGAGCAACAGUUCAAUGCUUUUGAGCUAGUGGCGGAGCUGGACCUCGCAACGGAAAUAAAGAUGGACUACGGGAGAGAUCUCAGGAUGGAGUGUGACAUCGUGAUGGCAGACAAAAUAGAGGCCGGAAUUAGGAAGUUAAUGAAGGAGGCAGGUGGCGAGAGACAGAAGAAGGUGAAGGAGGUCAGCAAGAAGAGUCAGAAGGCGUUGGUCGAGGGUGACUCCUCUUACUUGCCUCUCGGGUCGGUUAAUGGAGGACAUCUUGAACAAUACGCUAUGACUUAG